AUGUUGUUCCAUUCAUCAAGAGUUCGCUACCUUCUCACUGGAUUUUAUGGUUCAUCUCUUGUUACGGCCCGCGUGAAGCUACAGUCGAGAAUUGCUCAACCUUACCGACUUCGCUUCGCUAUCUACAAAUGGUCUAAGCACGGCCAAACAUGCCUAAGCAUUCCCGAUUGUGACCAUGCAUUUGACUUGACGAUUUUUAUGGACAUCCAUCGUAAUCCUGGCCCGAAUUAUACUGCUUCUAAUCUUCAAGAAUUUGAAUUUCGUGUGAACAACCGAAACGAAGCUAAUUUGCAUGCGACUACAAGAUCCGUAGUUACUAAAACCCGGAACGACCCACAACGAUCCACAACGAUCCACAACGAUCCACAACGACCCACAACGAUCCCACAACGACCCACAACGAUCCACAACGAUCUUCAAACGACCGAGGACGAUCUCAAAACGACCCACAACGAUCCCACAACGAAAGAAACCACUCAAGAAAAAAAUAUCAAAAACUUAACUUUUGAAUUUUUUCCAAAAAUUGAAAAGCAUACUGAAUAGCAAACAUAAUGACUCACAACUACCCAGAAUACCUUUGAUAGUCCGGUAACACAUUCAUAGGGUAAAAUUCUAGAUCUCAAAUCGUCUUCCGAACAGAUAUUUUCCCGAAAAUUGCCGUUGGGUGCCCCUGCAUCAAGACGGCAGAGAUCUCAAGUAUAUAUCUACCACGAGUUCCAUUGUACGUAAUUGCUUCCUUUACAAGCAGAGACCUCAUGUAUAUUUGAAUGGUACGUUGACGUUAUUUAAAAUAGUGCUGGGCCGAUGGGUCAAAGGAGCAAAACCACGGCAAAGGCUGGAUUUUCAGUAUUUAUUAAAACAACGCGGUAGAACGUAGUAAUGUGGUAAUCUGAAGCUAAAAAUUGCGAAAUGAUACAAAAUUAGAGGGGAAUCCUUAGCUAGCGAAAAGACAGUCAAAUAAACGAAAACAAAUUGCAGAAAACUUACAUUUGUCCAGCCUCGUAAAAACACAGAGUUAAGAAACUCGCCAACUUAAAAACAUCUUCAUAAAAUCCUUGUUGAAAAACCUAGUACAUUCCGUGCCACACUUUAAGGAAAACGUAUUAUAUAACAAAAUCACAUGGGCGUAAAUUGCUCUCAAUCAGUUCCAGUUUAUGUAACGCAACGUUGUGGAUCGUUGUUGUAUCGUUGUGGGUCGUUGUGGAUCGUUGUGGGAUCGUUGUGGGUCGUUGUGGAUCGUUGUGGAUCGUUGUGGGUCGUUGUGGGUCGUUCCGUGUUUUAGUAACUACGCUACAAGAUCGCUGAUCUGUUAUUCCUCUGAACAGUUGCUGAAUAUUCGUCGAGUGUGGUCUACUUAUCCUACUGUUAUUUCCAGAAAUCACCUUCUGUUCGGGUACAGUCGACAAUAUGCUGACAGUAAUUUGAUUUCUCAUUUAGGAAACGAUGGUCGUCGACAGAUUGAAACGGUUGUUUCGAAUAGAUCUGCGCAGCCGAUGCAGGUUAAUUAUUCAAAAUCUGACACUGCACACAGAAGCCGAAAUUUGAAUAAUCUGAUAUCAAUUAACCGUUUACCGUUUCAACCUUCCAAACCAUCCACCAAGCUACUUCAAUUCUGUGUGUUAAAUGCCAGAUCUAUUAACAACAAAACAUUGCAUAUCAAAGACUAUGUCGUGGAUAACAAAAUUGACAUUUUAGCAAUCACAGAGACCUGGCUCAAGUCUGAUGAAGACUGCUAUUUCACCAUACGUGAUAUUUGUCCACAAGACUAUGUUUUCAACCACAUUCCAAGAACAACGGGAACUGGUGGUGGUGUUGGACUUCUUUUCAAGAAAAAUCUGAAAAUAAAGAAGCUCCAAACUCGAACAUUUCGGUCAUUCGAGUUAAUGGAAGUGUUGCUUCAUACGAGCUCACUAACUACGCGUAUAGUGGUUGUUUAUCGUCCUCCACCAUCCUCCAUUAAUGGUCUAACUUCUUCCCUAUUUUUUACGGAAUUUUCUUCAUUUCUGGAACCGAUGGUCUCUUCUCCAGGGAAAUUGCUAAUCGUUGGAGACUUCAAUUUCGCUGUUAAUAAUGUCAACGAUGGCGAUGCUCUUAAUUUCCUUGAUCUCCUCAACACAUUUAAUUUAACCCAGCACAUCAAAGUUCCAACUCAUAAGGAUAACAAUACUCUUGAUCUCAUUAUUACUCGGGAGGAUGAAUUGACUGCCACGAAUUUCUCUGUCCACGACCCUGUUAUUUCCGAUCACCUAGCCCUACAUUGCAACUUGCAUGUAGAUAAACCGCCAAACAUAAAAAACGAAUAA